CACAGGCUUUUUCGGAGGGAUAAAGACUUGGAGGAGGAUCAAAACAAGGUCUGUCCCUGAUAACGUGACAACUGAAGGAAGAGAACACAGAACUGCUUCAUCAUGAAUUUUGUAAUGAAAGCCGCGCUGGGAGGAGGACCUCCUGAUGUGGGCAAGAUGCUGGGAGGGGAAGAGAAGGAGGAGGACCCCGAUGCAGCGAAGAAAGAGGAGGAGCGACAGGAGGCGCUGAGGCAGCAGGAGGAGGAGAGGAAGGCCAAAUAUGCCAAGAUGGAGGCUGAGAGGGAAAGGAUGCGGCAAGGCAUCAGGGAUAAGUAUGGCUUGAAAAAGCGCGAGGAGGCCGAGGCUGAGGCAGCAGCCGCUGUGGAGGAGCCUGCAGCCGGCAGCUUGACCCGACCCAAGAAGGCCGUGCCCGCUGGCUGCGGAGACGAGGAGGAAGAGGAAAGCAUCAUGGACACAGUCAUGAAAUACCUGCCAGGCCCACUGCAAGACAUGCUGAAGAAGUAGGUUAGCUAGCUAGCUAAUGCUAACAUUAUCUAGCUUAGUUCAUAGGCUACAUUCACAAGGUUGGCUUAGAUCAGGGUUUUUUUUCCAUCCACAUCCAAGUGCGUAAAAUGAAGUUAAAAUACGGUGUGGUCUUCUGGUGUUCGGAGAA